CAAAUAGUUAUGUGAAGUGCCGGCAUAGGAUAGUUUUAUGGUAUUACAUAACCUAACCUUAGAUACUAUUAAAUAAUGAAAUUGUAAAGUGUUGUCUUGUGCCGGGUGCAUAAAUUAUUUUUCACAUCUUCAUUAGUGGUUUAGUUCAGUAGUUAAAACUGUGAUUCAAAGGUUGAAGCAUUACUCACGCGGUUUUGAUCAAUUCCCGUUUAGCAUCUGUAAAGUAAAUUUUGAGCAAAUAAAAAUGGCUGCACCUAUUAAAGUAGUUAUUACUGGUGCCGCGGGACAAAUUGCAUACUCCCUGGUGUACCAAGUGGCAUCAGGAGCUGUGUUUGGUCCUGAACAACCUGUAUUCUUACAUUUACUGGAUAUUGCACCCAUGAUGGGGGUCUUGGAAGGUGUAGUAAUGGAGCUUGCUGACUGUGCAUUACCUCUUCUUGCUGGAGUGCUCCCCACAGCCAAUCCAGAAGAGGCAUUCAAAGAUGUUGCUGCUGCUUUCCUUGUAGGUGCCAUGCCCAGAAGAGAAGGUAUGGAGCGCAAAGACCUACUGUCUGCCAAUGUACGUAUAUUUAAGGAACAAGGACAAGCUCUUGACAAAGUUGCUCGCAAGGAUGUCAAAGUACUAGUUGUUGGUAAUCCAGCCAACACAAACGCAUUGAUUUGCUCUAAAUAUGCACCCUCAAUACCUAAGGAAAACUUCACUGCCAUGACUCGUCUUGACCAAAAUCGUGCACAAUCUCAACUGGCUGCUAAACUUGGUGUUCCGGUUUAUGAUGUAAAGAAUGUAGUAAUUUGGGGUAACCACUCCUCAACUCAGUUUCCUGAUCCCUCCAAUGCAGUAGUAAAGAUUGGAGGUGUUGAGAAAUCUGUACCUGCAGCUGUUAAGGAUGAUGAAUAUUUGAAGACCAGCUUUGUAACGACAGUUCAAAAGCGUGGUGCAGCUGUGAUUGCUGCAAGAAAAAUGUCAUCGGCAUUGUCAGCCGCCAAAGCAGCUUCAGAUCAUAUGAAGGACUGGUUUUUGGGAUCUGCAGAUCGUUGGGUAAGCAUGGGUGUUAUCUCUGAUGGAUCAUAUGGUACACCCCGUGAUGUAGUUUUCUCCUUCCCGGUAACUGUUAGUAAUGGAAAAUGGAAGAUUGUUGAAGGUCUGACCAUCUCAGAUUUUGCACGUCAGAUGCUGGAUGCAACGGGUAAGGAGCUGGUAGAGGAAAAACAAGAUGCCCUGGAUGUUUGCAAGGAUUGACUGUGUAGUCUAUGAGUAUGAUUUAUAGAUAUUAAUAUAUUAUAGGAACAAAAUGGCAAGUUCUACAGCAAUAAAUAACUGUUUUCAUGCUUUUAUUAGACAUUAACAUAUUGUACUCAGAUAUGAGCAUUCAUAGGUUAAAAGAUCACUUUAUAUCUAUUCCUUUUAGGUACAAACUAUAUUUUUUUAU